UAUAUAUAUAUACGUAUAUUGUAACGUAACCUUCGAUUCCGGUGAGAUUAGAUUCAAUUCAUUGUUGAAUGAACUACUGUGCUUCUUCAGCUAUUUAUUAUACUUGUAUUAUCUACUUACAUUUUUCGUUAAUUGUGAAUUAAAGAACAACCAUGCUUCGUACUGGAUUCAGAGUAGUGUACAGGGCUGUUGGCACUAGGGGAUAUACGAGUGCCGCGCCAGAAAAAACUGUAGCUUCUUCAAGUUUCAAAGUACAGGACAGCAAGGAUUUCACAGACAGAGUUAAAAAUGCAAAAGUCCCAGUGAUUGUUGACUUUUUUGCAACAUGGUGCAAUCCAUGCCGAUUGUUAACACCAAGAAUAGAGCAAGUUGUUGCUGAAAAACAGGGUAAAAUACUACUAGCCAAAGUUGAUAUCGAUGAAAACACAGACCUCGCUUUGGAUUAUGAGGUUGGCUCUGUACCUGUACUUAUGGUUAUGAAAGAUGGUAAAGUCUUGGAAAAAAUUAUUGGAUUACAAGAUACUGACAAACUUAGAAAAUUUGUUAGCAAGCAUGCUGAUUCAUAGAUUUUGCAAGUACCUGUUUUGAUAGUUAAGAAUUUUAUGAAAUAUUGUAAAAUUUUUUUUCCUAUGUACAUACACUAAUGUUGAAUCUUUUAACAACUAUAAAUGUCAUGUUGGAGAAUCAUAAGUAAGCAUCGUCUUUUUUUUGUCUAAAAACUUAUUUUAUACAUACAUCUAUAUUUGACGUAAUAAAAAAUUAUUAUAUAUACAAGUCAAUAAACUAGAAUCAUGUUUCAUUUGGCAAAGCUUGCAA